AUGAAUUCCAUUGCUAUUCUCUUUGCUCUCUCCUGUGCUCUUUUUGCUGCCACAAAUGCUCUUCAAUGUCGACCAGUUACCUGUAUGUUAGCAUGUCCAUAUGGUUUCGAUGUUGAUGCUAACGGUUGUCAACAUUGCACAUGUCGUCGAUCACGUAAUCUCUGCGAUCAACCUCUUCUUGGCUAUAAUUGCGGUAGUCUCGCACAACAUCAAUGCCCAAGCACACAUGAAUGUCAAAUUGAUUUCGGUGGUUUAUUCGGUCAAUGUUGUUUGAAACAAUCUAGCUCAACAACCAGUCAACCAUCCAGUGGUGCCAGCACUACCGUUCCUACUCCCACAGGCGGUAGCACUGCUAAUCCAGGUACAGGUGCUACAACUGGUCGUUCAAUGCUUCGCUCGUUAGGAGGAUCAUCAGGACCAUCAACUCAAGCACCACGUAGUAGCACACCAGCUGCAACAACUAGCCGUCCUGCUACUUCAACCCGGGUCACUCGACCACCUACAACCACUCACCGUUCAAUGAUUCGCUCGUUAGGAGGAUCAUCAACGCAAGCUCCACGUAGUAGCACACCAGCUGCAACAACUAGCCGCCCUGCUACUUCAACUCGGGUCACUCGACCACCAACAACAACUCACCGUUUAAUGAUUCGCUCGUUAGGAGGAUCAUCAGGAUCGUCAACCCAAGCUCCACGUAGCAGUACACCAGCUGCAACAACUCGCCGUCCUGCUACUUCAACCCGAGUCACUCGACCACCUACAACCACUGGCCGUUGGGCAACUUUAGUUGAUGCCAAAACCAUCUAUGAAUAA